CAGAUACGGAUUAACCACCUGCUGUUUAUGGAUGAUCUAAAGUUGUGUGGAAAGAACGAGCGUGAGAUUGAAUCGUUAGUCCAGACUGUCCGUAUUUAUAGUGAAGAUAUUGCUGUGGAGUUCGGUAUUCAGAAGCGUGCAUGCAUAAAAUCUUGAAGGGAGGAAAAACUACCAAUUUUGACGGUAUAAAGUUACCUGCGGAAGGAAGGGAAAUUUCCGCAUUGCAACAGGAAGAAGGAUACAAGUAUCUGGGAGUGUUAGAGGCUAGUGAUGUCUUACAGGAGCUAGGAAUUGAAAACAAAACUGACAAAGGAAUACUUUCACAGGAUAAGAUCGAUUCUGAAGUCGAGGUUGAACAGAGGCUAUGUUGUCGCAGCUAUUAACGAAAGCACUGUAUCUCACCUGAGGUGUGGUGGAGGUUUAUUGGAGUGGAAGAAAGCGGAGGUGGAGGCUAUUGACAGGAAGACAAGAAAGUUGUUCACAAUGUAUGGCACUGUAAACCUUCGAGCAAAUACACGUAGAGUAUACUGCCAAGGAAGGAAGGUGGACAUGGGCUGAAUAGUGCAGCGGACUGUGCCACCAUGGAAUAGUUGAUCGAGUUUGAAUAAGAGCCAUGUUCAGCAGAGUCAAGAAAUGCUGCUAAAAAGCUACCUGCCUUGUUUUGAAGCCUAAAGCUGAAAGCGACCCUUUACAGUAUUAGCAGCAAAGGAGUGAUGAGAGAAUGGCGGACUGGAAGGAAAAACCAUAAUUUCCAUGGUCAGUUUUAAGGCAUACAGAAGGUGCAACGAGUAAUCUCUCUUCGACGUGGUUGAAGAAGGGGGGAUUUAAGGAUACAUAACAAGGCAUUGCGAACGAAUGCAAUAAAGGUAAAGAUUGACAAAGAGGCUGUCAGCUCAAAAUUCAGAUUGUGCAAGAGUGUGGAAGAAUCAGUAAGCCAGAUAGUUUGUGACUGCUGAGUGUUGGCUCAGAGAAAAUAUAAAAGUAGUCAUGAUAGUGUUGUAAAAGCUGUCCAUUGGUGCCUGUGCAGAAAGU